CCUCCGCUCACGAGCUCGGUGGGAUCGACGAUCGCUUCCUUACUGCCAGGGCUGAGCGAGGGGAGAGGCAAGAUGGCGGACAAGGCGCCUAGCAGCUCGCAGAAAGCUAGUGGGAAGGUCAGGGCGCCAGAUGCAGUACACACCACUGGAUCUGCUGAUUCACAUCCUCUAAUGGAAAGCAAACUUAAAGCAUUCAGUAUUGGCAAAAUGAGUACUGCCAAACGGACUCUGAGCAAGAAGGAGCAAGAAGAAUUAAAAAAGAAGGAGGAUGAGAAGGCUGCUGCAGAAAUUUAUGAAGAAUUCCUCGCUGCCUUUGAAGGAGGUGAUAGUAAUAAAGUGAAAACAUUUGUAAGAGGAGGAAUCGUUAAUGCAUCUAAAGAGGAGCAUGAAACAGAUGAAAAACGGGGUAAAAUCUAUAAGCCUUCAUCACGAUUUUCAGAUCAAAAAAAUCAACCAAACCAGCCAUCUAAUGAGAAGCCUCCGUCUCUCUUAAUGAUAGAAACCAAAAAGCCUCCUUUGAAGAAAGGAGAGAAGGAAAAGAAAAAGAGUAAUUUGGAACUUUUCAAAGAAGAAUUAAAGCAAAUACAAGAGGAACGUGAUGAAAGACAUAAAACAAAAGGUAGAUUGAGUCGUUUUGAACCACCCCAGUCAGAUUCAGAUGGUCAGCGUCGUUCAAUGGAUGCUCCUUCAAGAAGAAACAGAUCAUCUGGUGUACUGGAUGAUUAUGCACCAGGGUCCCAUGAUGUUGGAGAUCCAAGCACAACAAAUUUGUAUCUUGGAAAUAUUAAUCCCCAGAUGAAUGAAGAGAUGUUAUGUCAAGAAUUUGGACGCUUUGGACCAUUAGCAAGUGUUAAAAUUAUGUGGCCAAGAACUGAUGAAGAAAGAGCAAGAGAAAGAAAUUGUGGCUUUGUUGCCUUUAUGAACAGGAGAGAUGCUGAAAGAGCAUUAAAGAAUUUAAAUGGCAAGAUGAUUAUGUCGUUUGAAAUGAAGUUAGGUUGGGGCAAAGCUGUACCUAUACCACCACAUCCAAUAUACAUCCCACCUUCCAUGAUGGAGCAUACCCUCCCACCUCCUCCAUCAGGACUGCCUUUUAAUGCUCAGCCUAGGGAAAGAUUGAAGAAUCCUAAUGCUCCAAUGUUACCACCUCCAAAAAACAAGGAAGAUUUUGAGAAGACUCUGUCGCAAGCCAUAGUCAAAGUGGUUAUCCCAACAGAAAGGAAUUUGCUCGCUUUGAUACAUCGAAUGAUAGAGUUUGUGGUACGGGAAGGGCCUAUGUUUGAAGCCAUGAUCAUGAACAGAGAAAUCAACAAUCCCAUGUUCAGGUUUUUAUUUGAAAACCAGACUCCAGCCCAUGUAUAUUACAGAUGGAAGCUUUAUUCAAUUCUUCAGGGAGAUGCUCCAACUAAGUGGAGGACAGAAGAUUUCCGUAUGUUCAAGAAUGGAUCAUUUUGGAGGCCACCACCAUUGAAUCCAUAUUUGCAUGGGAUGUCAGAAGAGCAAGAAACGGAAGCAUUUGUGGAAGAACCAAACAAGAAGGGUGCACUUAAGGAAGAACAAAGAGACAAAUUAGAGGAAAUUCUGCGUGGAUUAACGCCUCGGAAGAACGAUAUUGGGGAUGCAAUGGUAUUCUGUCUAAACAAUGCAGAAGCCGCAGAGGAAAUUGUAGACUGCAUAACAGAAUCAUUGUCUAUCCUGAAGACUCCUCUUCCGAAGAAGAUUGCAAGAUUGUAUCUAGUGUCAGAUGUGUUAUACAACUCUUCAGCUAAAGUUGCCAAUGCUUCCUACUACAGAAAAUUUUUUGAAACAAAAUUAUGUCAGAUAUUCUCUGAUCUCAAUGCUACUUACCGUACAAUACAAGGCCAUUUACAGUCUGAAAACUUCAAGCAACGGGUAAUGACAUGCUUCCGAGCAUGGGAAGACUGGGCAAUCUAUCCAGAACCAUUUCUGAUCAAACUGCAGAAUAUUUUCUUGGGGCUUGUAAAUAUCAUGGAAGAUAAAGAAACAGAGGAAGUACCAGAUGAUCUUGAUGGUGCUCCUAUUGAGGAAGAGCUUGAUGGUGCUCCACUAGAGGAUGUGGAUGGAAUUCCUAUUGAUGCUGCUCCUAUUGAUGAUCUGGAUGGAGUCCCAAUUAAGUCGCUGGAUGACGAUCUCGAUGGAGUUCCUUUGGAUACAGCUGAAGACUCAAAAAAGAAUGAGCCUAUAUUUAAAGUUGCCCCUUCGAAGUGGGAAGCAGUGGAUGAAUCGGAACUGGAAGCUCAAGCUGUUACUACUUCUAAAUGGGAGCUUUUUGACCAACAUGAAGAAUCCGAGGAGGAGGAAAUUCAAAAUCAAGAAGAAGAAAGUGAAGAUGAAGAUGACACUCAGAGUUCGAAGUCAGAAGAGCAACACAUGUAUUCUAAUCCUAUUAAAGAAGAAAUGCCUGAAUCCAAGUCAUCAGUUAAAUAUUCAGAAAUGAGUGAAGAAAAGCGUGCCAAACUCCGAGAGAUAGAGCUUAAGGUGAUGAAGUUUCAGGAUGAGUUAGAGUCUGGGAAAAGACCCAAGAAACCAGGCCAGAGUUUUCAGGAACAGGUUGAACACUAUAGAGACAAGCUGCUCCAGAGGGAAAAAGAAAAAGAGUUGGAAAGAGAACGAGACAGAGACAAAAAGGACAAGGAAAAAUGUGACUCCAGGUCUAAAGACAAGAAGGAAAAGGAGGAAUGCACACCAACAAGAAAAGAGAGGAAAAGGCGACACAGUGCUUCACCCAGCCCAUCUCGCAGCAGUGGCAGUAGACGAGCAAAAUCUCCAUCACCAAAAUCCGAACGGUCAGAGCGCUCGGAACGGUCCCACAAAGAGAGUUCACGUUCUCGGUCUUCCCAUAAGGAUUCUCCCAGAGAUGUCAGUAAAAAAGGCAAAAGGUCACCUUCUGGCUCCAGGACACCGAAAAGAUCAAGAAGAUCACGAUCCAGAUCCCCUAAAAAGUCAGGGAAAAAAUCCAGGUCUCAGUCCCGUUCUCCUCACAGAUCUCACAAGAAGUCAAAGAAAAGCAAACACUGACAAUGUUACUAUUUUUUAUGAUGCUGUCACUUACUGGAAAUGCGGUUUUGUUUUUGUGCCUGAACAGUCUGUUAAAAAAAAACAAACAAAACAAAAAAGCAUUCCUGAUAAUUUUUUUUUUUGGUGAAUGCACGAGUAUACUCAUAAGUAAUGGCAUCUGUAGACUUGUCAUUGUUUUAUAUUGUACAAAAUACCUUCAUUGUGACUAUUUCCCAAAAGAAACAUUUUUGUGUUUAGAAGUUUCAUCAGAAAUGUGUGUAAGUGAUCUGCUGGCAGUAGUGGUAUUUUGUUUUAGAAUGUUGUGACAUAGCAGAAAUAACUCAAAUGUUCCCCCUUUUUGUAGCUUUGACAAUUUGAAUUAGAUUUCAAAUAAAAUCUGAACAGAAAAUUAAAUGUUGUUUUCUUGCCCCACUGGUGAUGCAGGUCUCUAAAGGAAUGCAUAGUUUGUUUAGAAGUACUGUGUAUUUCAGACAUACUAUGGUGCUUAGAUCUCUCAGUAUAGUGGUAGCUCUGUUCUUGCUUUCACUGCAGCUUGUGAAUCCGGUGAAUGGAUUUUCUUUCCUGCUGUGAUAUUUUACUUUAAGCAGCUGAACAGUCUGGCACCUACCAUGAUAACCCUUAUAAGUAAAUCUUUGCUUCAUAUCUCUCCAUUUUAAUUGCAUUUGUGACACCACAGUAAUGUUUUUGUUUGGUUUUUAGAAAGGGCCUCCACAGAGAUGCAUCAUACGUAUGUAUAUUUAUAUCAUAUAUAUAUAUGAUGUAUCAAUAACAAGCCAUAUGUAUGGCCUGCAUAGGGAACAAUAAACGGACAGCAAGCCUGAGGCUAUAUAACUUCUUCCUUAAGUCUGAGUACCAUAAUUGCAACCUACAGUACACUAUUGUUUCCUAAACCAGAUUUUUACUCCAAAAUGACAGCUUUUACAUUAUUUUAUUGAGUUUAUUCCUUUGUUGUGAAAAAUCUUCAAAAUUAGGAAAAAUAAAACUUUUUUAUUACAUAUUUAUUAA